ACCAUCCUCCCGUCUACGCCCAUCGAGGGCCACAUUGAGAAGACCAUGCUUGAGAAGCUCCACACGGACUUUUCCCGUUCAAUUGCGCAUCAAGUCUGUCGCCGUUGGUUUGACUGGGACACUGUAGAGCUUCCUCCGAAGCUGCUUCAAAGCAAGUGUUUCUUCCUUUUGCAUCGCGGCAUCCACUCAGAAAUUUGAUUUCCUCAGGGCUAGCUGCAUCACAACAGGAAGAGCUUGAAUACAAACGCCAAACUCAAGACAUGAGCACCUCGUCUUAUAUUUUCCCAGAUCCUUCGAGCCUUCCUGCAAUUCCUACUGCCAGCAUACACGAGUUUUCGAUUCUCUCUCCUCGAUCCUCAGCCAUUAGUACGCAGCCAGAUGACAACUGGAAAUAUUCUCUUAGUACUGAUAUCUCGCAUUCAUCGGGACACUUUUCCUUGACAUCCGAUCGUUCAUCUUUACACUCACUCUCUGAUGAAGAAACCAGCGAGCAUUCGCAAACUGCUGAGCUUUUAGCAGAAGGUAUCACCAUUCGCACCAAUCGACGACUUCUUGCACAGCCAUUGUCUGUGCGCCCUCUGAAGACACAUAGACAACGUUCCGUGCCUAUCGCACAGCCACAGACUCCAACCAAGACUACUAGGCAAGGUCCGGCACCUAGUAUUACAGGGCAACAGAUGCCAACAAAGAGCUGGGCUACACGGGUGCAGACACCAAUGUCUACACACCCUUCGCAGCCUCUGCCAUUGGUCAUUGCGCCACCUCUGAGCCCUCCUCCGUUCAUAAUCGCACCUUGCUCUCCUCCCUUGAAGCACACGGUCUCAUCACCCUCAGCAGCACGUGUAUCACGCGUCAAAUCAACCUCUCCAGCACCUAUCAUUCCAAACCCUCCUCCGAGCCCUCCUCCGUUCAUAAUCGCACCUUGCUCUCCUCCCUUGAAGCACACGGUCUCAUCACCCUCAGCAGCACGUGUAUCAUGCAUCAAAUCAACCUCUGCGGCACCUAUCAUUCCGAACCCUCCUCCAAGCCCUCCUCCGUUCAUAAUUGCACCUUGCUCUCCUCGCUUGAAGCACACGGUCUCAUCACCCUCAGCAGUGCGUGCAUCACACAUCAAAUCAAACACGUGUCAGCUUUACGGCCAAACUGGAGGUGUUAGCACGGCAUCGCGCCCAAGGUCAAGGGUUGAAAAUGCUGGGCUAUUGAACCCAGUGCAGAUCUCAAUGUCAAUGCGAGGGACCGAACAAGGUGUAUCGAUCACAAAUCACAUUUACCUGAUGUCGGAUUCACGUUUGACUGGAUGUCCAAAUGAUGCGGACUCUGAGCGUGUUUCCAUGGAAAUUUGUGCUUAUCUUCAUGACCUUUCGCUUCACAGUAUGACAAUGGAUGAGAUUUGGAGGUGCAUCGACCAGGUUGAUGGGUACGGUCCAUUGACCUGGCAAGCCAUUCUUGUGAAGUUGGGAAUACCUGAGGAACGCAUUCCACAUAUUCUUGCUAUCAUGGCACGUGCAAGUAAUGAAUCUAAAAUUUUACGUUCUAGCUAAAUUGUACGGUCCUGAAUGUUUGUCUUAGCAAUGCAGCUGUUCUCUCUGACCCUGUGUGGACUUAUGGGCCCUGAUUUCGGCAAUUCCAAGGCAAUGCACACGGACCAAAAAAUACACUAGGUUUGAAAAU